AUGGCGACCCCCGAUCUCUCAACCCUCACCUCCUCCGCCCAAGUCUUCUCGUCAACCUACACCCUCCCGCAGAUCCGCGGCAUCCAUAGAGCCCUCCAUGUCGAAAUUGACGAAAAGGCGAGCCGCCUGCGCACUCAGGUCGGCAGCUCUUACCGCGACCUCCUCGGCACUGCCGACACAAUCGUCCAGAUGCGCAAGGACAACGACGCCGUGCAGAACGUCCUCGGCGGUAUGGGCGGGCGCUGCGGUCGCGGGGUAGUCGGGAAGAAGGUGACGGGCCUGGGCGGGUUCGAGCGGAGCGCGAGGGAGCUGGGCGGCAGCGGCAACGGCGCCGGCGGUGGGGCUAUCGGCGUGGUUGCCAGGGCGAGGCUGCUCGAGGCCUGCGGGCUCGUCGUUGGACGUGUGCUCCGGGGCUCUGGGGCCGCUGGUGUCGGGAGCCAGGAUCUGAGCAAGGGUGAUAGGGUCGUGCUUGCCAGCAAGGUGCUGGUACUGAGCAGGCUUUUGGUGAAGAGCCUAGAGGCGGAGAAGGGGGCUCUGCUUCUGGAGAGUGACGUCGGACACACAGUCGAGACCGCGAAGAAGAGCCUGGGCGGGCUGAGGAGGAGACUUUUGCGGAAUAUCGAAACCCUGCUGGAGCGGACGGGCGAGUCCGUCAAGCAGCAGGACGUCCUCAAGGCGCUCUGCGCGUACAGCCUGGCCACCAGCUCCGGCGCACGCGACGUCGUCAACCACUUCCUGCGCGUUCGCGGAGCCGCCAUGGCCCUGGCCUUCGACGUCGAAGACACCAAGGAGCGGCAGAGGAGCACGGCGGACGUGCUCAAGAGCCUGACGCUGUACACCAAGACGCUGCUCGACGUGCAGGCCCUGGUGCCCUUCAAGCUAUCCGACGCGCUAUCGAACCUCAAAAAGAGCCCCUUACUGGCGGACGCGACGCUCAAGACGCUCGAGUGCCUCCGCCUCGACGUCUACGAGCGGUGGUGCGGCGAGGAGAUCCAGUUCUUCACGCCCUUUGUGCGGCACGACGACCUCGACGGCCCGCAGGCGCGGGACAUGCUCUUCGGCUGGGCGAAGCGUGGCGGCGAGGUCCUCGUCGACGGGCUCAGGAAGACGAUGGAGCGGAUGACGGAGUUCAGGGCCAUCACGGAGCUGCGGACGAGCGUGCUGCAGCUCUGGAUCCGCGAGGGCGGCAAGGCGCGCGGGUUCGAUCCCUCCGAGAUGCUCGACGAGCUGCGCGGCGCCGUCAACGGGCACAUGCUCCGCGUCGUCGAGACCAAAGUCAACAAGCUCCACCUCGUCGGAUCCGAGGUGUCGGCGACGCUGGACUCGUGGCAGGACGGCGUGACGGACGGGGGGGUCGAUUUGUGGAACGUGCGCGGGUUCGACAUCGACCUGAUCCACGGCGCCGACCAUUUCCUCCAGGAGCUCGUCGCGCGGCUGCACGGCCGCAACGACGCCGUGUCCAAGGCCGUCAGCGGGUUCCAGUCGUGGCGGCACAUCAUCGACGAGGUGGGCGAGGUGGUGGAGCAGCUCAAGCGGCAGCGGUGGGACAACGACGUUGACGAGAUUGAGGACGAGGAGACGAUCGAGGCGAGGCAGCAGCUGCUCAGCAGAGAGGACCCGCGGACGCUGCACGAGAAGCUCGACGCGACGCUGGUCGAGGCCUUUGCGGACCUGGACGGGAAGCUGGCGGGUCUCUGGCGGCCUAGGGAGGGUGCGCAGAACAGCGGCCAGGUGGCCAUGUACCUCCUCCGCAUCCUGCGCGACGUGCGCGAGGGUCUGCCGAAGCUCGACGCCGUUGAGCGGUUCGGGUUGGAGGCUGUCCCGUCGCUGCACGAACGGUUGUCCGUUACCGUGGCCGCGCAGCCAUUAGAAACGUUCAAGGCCAGGGCGCUCACGCAAAAGACUGUUGUUGGGCGGCCGCUGUGGGAGGGGAGUCCCGAGCUGCCCACGCAGCCUUCGCCUAGGGUGUUCCAGUUCUUGCGGGACGUGUCGACGGAGAUGGGCGAUGCGGGUAUGGACCUCUGGAGCGCGGUGGCCGUGGGCGUGAUUAAGCGGCAUCUCGGGACGCAGCUGGGCGAGAUGUGGCUCGAGGCCUUGGACGCGCACCUGGCGGAGGAUGGCACCGGGAAUAGCUCUGAUGCGAACCCUGACGAUGGUGCCAAGGACUCGGUAGAGGAGAAUGGUGACGACAGGGAGGUCGAGGCGUCUGAAGCAGAGAAGCCGGAGGUUCCUUCAGGCGAGGAAAAGCGAGAAGACGCAAACGGAGAAGACGAAGACGAAAAGAAGGAAGAGAAAUCAGAACAGGAACCAGAGACCACCGAACCCGCAGCAAAGGCACCGGCAAAGGCGGACGACGGCCUCGCCCAACAGCGUCGCGAUCUCCUCAUCCAAUGGCUCUACGACGUGUCCUUCCUCCGCUGCUACCUCGAUGCCCCCGCGGCAAGCCAAGACAACAACCUCGCGAGCCUGGAGGACAAGAUCUUCAAACGCACGGGCUUGGACGGCGACGGGGCGCGCCAGCGGAUAAGCAAGUCGUCGCAGGAGUACCACAAGAAGACGAACCUGCUUUUCGGUCUCUUGUGA